CCAGCACCUCAAGUCCAUCGUCUGCUCAUCAAAAUCUUCCUUUGCCUUCCCAUUUCUUAGUGGAGCCGUAUGGAUGGAAGAGUCCCACCGACGCCGCUGCCGCCGCCUCCACAGCCACUGCUAGCUCUGGCUGAAUAUAUGUUCCCAUGCAUCAAUCCACACUUGCUUCCGUCGACCCCGUUAUUACACCCUCCUGCGCUAAUGCCGCAAACAUUAGACCCUCAACAAUUCGCCAUAGACAUGGACUGGUUUAGCCUCUUGUCUGGCUCCAAUAAAUUUGCGGAUCACCAACCUUCACCAACAAAUGCAUCCUCAAGCAUUAGAGGUGAUAAUAAUGGAGGUGAGGAAGCGAAGAAUGGAGGUAGAAGCUGUAACAAGAAAGUCGGCAAAACCAGGAAAGCGAUCCCGCCGAGGAUUGCGUUCCACACGAAGAGUGCCGAUGACAUUCUCGACGAUGGAUACAGGUGGCGCAAGUACGGCCAGAAAGCUGUGAAGAACAGUGGCCAUCCAAGGAGCUACUACCGUUGUACGCACCACACAUGCACUGUGAAGAAGCAAAUCCAGCGACUCUCGACAGACUCGAGCAUCGUCGUGACGACGUACGAAGGUAUUCACAACCAUCCUUGCGAAAAAUUGAUGGAGACCUUGACUCCUCUUCUCCGGCAACUGCAACUGCUCUCCGGUUUCUAGUUCCGGUUCGUUGGUAUCCAGAGGACGACGAAUUAGCAGAAUCUGGGGAGAAAUUGUGUGGAUCGAAAUGUCCUAAGAUGAAGACUGACAAGACGCAGGAAAAAACCUUGGUAAUUGUUGGUAAAGAACAGAAUAAGCUUGCAAGCCAAUCUGCCUUCCCAGGCAAUGUAAUACCGCUCAACUGGUGGGUUUAUAAAAAGAAUGUUAUUAUCUCA